CAACAUAUGUGACUUUGUCAAAUGUCACGCUCAGCUGACUGAGUGUUCAACCGAUGAUUAACGGUGUCGCAAAAGUAUUGCGUAGGUCGAGAUUCCUGACAGUAGUUUCACAAACGUCAGCGUGAAUUUGCGUGAAUCGCGAAAUGAUGGAAAAGUGGACGAUAAAUCGCACUUACAUUUUUAUCGUCUUGAUAUUCCUAUCCGCGAACACCGGUCGUUGUUUAUACGAAGGAGAAGAUGGAAAAAUCGAUUCGCCGGUGCCAAUAGUACUUUGGCACGGAAUGGGUGAUAGCUGCUGCUUCUCUUUCAGUCUUGGAAAAAUACAACAUGUUCUUCAGAAUGAAAUACCUGGAGUUUAUGUCAAAUCUAUACGCAUUGGAGAUAACGACAUAGAGGACGUUGAGAACAGCUACUUUGGAAAUAUUAAUGAGCAUAUUAAAAGCAUAUGCGAGCAACUGUCGCAAGACACAAGACUUCAAAAUGGAUAUAACGCCAUUGGCUUCUCUCAAGGGUCUCAAUUCCUGCGAGCAGUGGCCCAAAGAUGUCCCAAUCCGUCAAUGCUGAACUUGAUAUCUUUAGGCGGUCAGCAUCAAGGUGUUUUCGGAAUACCAAAAUGUACGGAUACAUCUCGAUUGUGCAAUUAUAUGAGGCGCAUACUGCGUUACGCCGCAUAUUUUGAAUAUAUUCAAGAGUCCUUAGUACAAGCUGCCUAUUGGCACGAUCCCUUGCAGGAAGAUGAAUACCGAAAUAAAAAUGUUUUCCUUGCCGACAUCAAUAAUGAAAAAAUUAUCAAUCCUGUGUAUAAGGAAAAUCUUCAAAAGCUUCGAACUUUAGUUCUCGUUAAAUUCGAAAAUGAUACAAUGGUCGAGCCAACGGAGUCGGAGUGGUUUGGAUUUUACAAACCCGGUCAAUCGAAGGAGAUACAGACGCUGCAGAAAAGCGAUCUGUAUUUGCAGGACCGGCUCGGAUUACGCGAGAUGGAAGAAGCCGGCAAAAUUCACUUCCUCUCGUUACCUGGCGAUCACUUGCAAUUUACACUCACCUGGUUCGUCGAAAAUAUCGUUAAAAAAUAUUUAGCGUAAUUUCGAAGAGAUACUUGUACAUUCCAUCUAUUUAAAUACUCUAGAAUUAGAAAAUUUAAAUACUCUAGAAUUAGAAAAUUUAAAUACUCUAAAAUUAGACUAAAAUGACGUACAAAUACAUAUGAAUCAAACUUUUUUUU